AUGUCAGCAACGAUCGCAAAGACAGUCUCAAGCCCCAGAGUCACGAUUGGGCCGACUCUCAAGCUCAGGGGCGGGCAUGACCCGGUCGCUCUGCAGACCGCUUCGCAAGAGCUGGAAGAUCAGGGCUAUACCGUCGUCAAAAAUGUCCUCUCUUUCGAGAAAGCGGCCGAAUACAAAAAACGUCUCGUACAAUGGCUCGAAGACUUUCAGCUGGGCUUCAGAAGGGAUGACCCGGAGACUUGGAAGUGGGAGUACCUCCCCGAAAGCUGGAAGGGAGGACUAUACACCAAGUAUGGCAUUGGGCACGAACUGUUCGCCUGGGAUCUGAGAACCGAACAGGCUCUGAUUGAUGUCUUUGCUCACAUCUGGGGGACAGACGAGCUUCUCGUUUCAUUUGGCAAGUCUCCUCUCCCUAUUCCACUAUGCAAUUCAGCAAUGGAGGCUGACUCUAUUCCGCUGUCAGAUGGCUCGAAUAUCUCCUUACCCAUGCCCGCUUCCGAACGCGCCAAAGUCGAGAAAGAAUACCAACCCUGGCCACACACAGACCAAUCGCUCACGAGGACAUACAAACAUUGUAUCCAAGGUCUCGUCAACUUGGCCCCAAACGGUCCUGAAGACGGCGGUUUAAUGGUCUUGCACGGAUCUGCAGCUCUGUUCAACGAAUUUGUCAAAGCGCACGAGCACGAUAAGCCAGAAGAAGGCUGGUCCCCCAUAGAUAUUCACCUUCACACCCCCUCCCAGCUGGAGUGGUACCUCUCCAAAGGCUGUUCAUGGCGCAAAAUCGAAGCAGGGCCGGGGGAUGUGGUACUCUGGGACAGUAGGUGUUUGCAUAUGGGUGUUGCGCCGGGGGUGGGAGGUGGUUUAAGGGCCGUGAGCUAUGUUUGUUACAAGCCGGCGAAGUUGAUCACACCCGAGAAACUCGCCCUGAAGCAAGAGUUUGCCAGACGCUAUGCUCAGACCUCGCACGACCCCGUAGAAGUUCGGGAAACAACAGCCGGCGUCGGCUGGCGUAUCCGCAAACCCGGAGAACGUAUCGAACCUCUCAUCAAGCCCAUCUUGACCAAAAGGGCUCGGCAAUUGGCUGGCUUGGAAGCUUAUUGA